GUCGCUUUGGAUAUGACUCUGUUUUCAAAGUUUACAAAACACGGCAAUAAUGAAAAGACUAUACACCCUUGGUCACAACGUAAAUUGAAUGGAAGUAAUGCUGCAUUACCAAGAUUUGGUCAUGGAGCAACCAUGGUUGACAGCCAGUACCUUCUUGUCUUUGGUGGAUAUCAUAAAGGCAACACCAAGAAGAAUUUAUUUUUAAUUGAUACCAACACGUUAUCUGCUACGUCAAUACAAGCUACAGGCGAUAUCCCUUCUCCAAGGAGUUUCACAGCUAUUACCUGCAUUAAUGGACUCGUCUUGUUGUUUGGCGGUGAGCCUAUUAUAGCUGGUGAUCAAUGGGAUUCUGAAUUGUAUAUUUUAUAUACCAAUUCAAAACAGUGGUCAAAAAUUAGAGUAAACAGUGAUAUGCCUCGUGGUAGAUCUGGACAUACAAUAUCAGCCCAUAAUGGAAAGAUGUACGUCUGGGGUGGACAGCACCAAGGUCAAUACUUGAAUGACUUGUUGAUCUUUAGCUUGAAAGAUUAUCCAGCAAAGGCAGAGUGGGAGUUUGUUCCAAGCACUGGCCUUGCACCAUCUCCACGAGCUGGACAUAUCUCAGUUGUCUAUGACAACAAAUUAUACAUCUUUGGUGGUAUUAAUGCUAGUCACUUGUAUAAUGACAUAUGGUGCCUUGAUCUCGUCACACGAGUAUGGUCUCAAGUUGAAGCUGUUGGCUACAUACCAGCACCUAGAGAAAGCUGUGCAGCUGCGUUAGUAGAUGAUACUAUUUACAUAUUUGGUGGGAGAGGCUUAAACGGUUUUACAUUAGGUGACCUGUACGCUUUUCGUAUUAAAAGCAGGAGAUGGUACACGUUUCAAAAUAUGGGUUCACCUCCUUCAGCUAGAUAUGGAGCAACCUUAACUCUCAAUCAAAACAAGAUCUUUGUGUUUGGUGGGGAUUCUCUUUACGGCAAAGUAGACGAUGGAUCAUAUGUGUACAUUUUAGAUUGCUCCAAAAUAAAAUACCCUCCAGAAGAAGUACUAGAGAAUGAACGAAAAACUCCUAUUCCCCGACAUUUAAAUCCACCAGGCAUUGUGCUGAAUGAUACCAAAGAAAUCUUAGCUCCUCCGUCUCCAAGUAGACUAGAAUUACAAGCACCUAAUAUCCCUCAGAUGCAGCAGUAUACCAUAUUACCAGACAGACCAAGCAAAGCUGAAGAAUGCCUGGACCGACGAAUGUCAACGUCAAUCGCAGGAAGCACCUCAAGCAAACAACGACCUUAUCAACAGUCUGCUGUACUAUCACCAACACCGCCACCACGUCCUCCUCGGGAAGGAGUGAUGCUGAAUAUACCAAAACGAACCUCUGAUCCUGAUUCGGAAGAUAAGAGUAGACUACUGAGAGAGAUCAUGGCUCGCGACGCAAUUAUUACAGAGAUGCAGAAAAAGGAACAGUGGUGGCGUACGGAAGUGUCCAUUUCACGGCAUCUACGGGCUCGUCUAGGAGAAGAGUUUAUGGAUGAUGUAUCAGCACAGGAAGCAGCACUUUAUUCCUUUGAGGACGAUGACAGCAAAGAUGACAAGCUGCUAUUGUUUGAGCAGCUUAUCAAUUCAAAGACUGAGGUUCGAAAAAUUAAGAAUACUAUUGCCAAGCAAUCAGAAUUGUUAUUCCAAAAUUUGUUGAAAGCAGAGAAAAUAAGAACCGUUGCUCUGGAAGAGGCCUCAUACUAUAGAUCCAAGUACACAGCCUUGAAAGCGAAGGAUAAAACGGCUUUAGGUCUGCUGGAAACAGACCGGGUCGAAUUAUUGGAGAAAAGAUUAAGAGACGCUUAUGCACAAAGAGACAACAUCAACAUGAUGCUAUCCAAAGUUCAAAAACAAUCUCAGGAAGACCAAACAGCAAGACUGCUUGCAGAAGAACGUGCAUCGAUUGCACAGAAGCAAUCUGAAAUGGCCCAGGAGGCUCACCAAGCAGCGCUUGAGAAAAUAUCUAAAUUGUACAGCCAAAUACUGAAAGCCGAGUCAAAAUGUAGAGAUGACGCUAUAUACAUUGCUGAUCUGUCAAAUAAGCUAGCUACUCAGCUCUCACUAAAGGAUGGCGAUACAGACUUGUCUGAAAUUCACAUAAAAAUGGUUCAUUUGGAAGCAGCGAAUAUCAAAUGUCGAAGUGAAGUAGCAGCUUUGUUGAAGCAAAUAGAAGAAAAUCAAGAUGAACAAGAAGCUCUGGAGGCUUUAUUGGGAGAAAAAGAUCAUGCUUAUGCAGAAACUUUACUUGAGCUCGAAAAGGUUCGUAUUGAACUAGAACUAGUAAGGAGAAGCACACCGAACGACAUAGAUGGUAACACACAAGCAUCAAAUGCUUGAAUAAAACACUUCUUUUGAUUUUUCUGUCCUCCUCCGCUAUUUCUACUUUAUUUCCAAGCACAUUGAAAUUAAUUGGUACAUACUUUUCAAUUUUACGGAUACAGUACUGUAAUUUUUACAGCACUUGGCUAUAAUAGAUUUAUAUUCUUUAUCAUGUCUCGCUCAAAAAUAUCAUACGACGACAAAUGUGCUUGAAUUAGCUGUUACAUCUUGGAUAAAUUCACCAAAAAAAUGAAGAUAGACCAAACUUCACUUUCGCUUUUUCAUUUAAAACGGGCUACAAAGCUGCAUAAAUAGGUCACUUUUUCAAAUUAAAGGAUUGUCGUAGUUAAAGUAAAAACCAACAGGAAAUGUACCAAUAAAAAUAAAAUAAAAUAAAAA